AUUCUUCUCAAAAUAACGACAUCUAGGGUGGAUGUAGUUCAUGAGAGAAAAUUUCUUAUCGAGAACAUGACUUCAUUUUGAUUGGAUCGUCGUCUCUACGGUGUUGAUUUGGUGUCCAACAGUGCAAUCUUCAGGCUACGGAAGAAACGAAAGGCACGUUUAAUAGAACUCUCACAAUCUCUUGCUAUAUCAGAGCACACUGUAUCCAAUCCAAACACAAUGGUGACCAUCUUUGAGGAUAAGUGGGUUGAGAAGAAUGACACUGAAAAUAGGAUGCGGUUUCCUAGUAAUGCCAACAUAGGAGAUCUUCCAUUUACUUGCAGCAACAACGGCCAGUCAGGAAUGUUACCCGUUAUAGAUGAGAAGGGUUUUCAGUGGACACUUACCUGCAGAAAUCAGAAUGGAACGAUAUAUUUCACUGAUGGUUGGGAGGAGUUCAGAAAAGAGAAAGGCAUUAGAGUUGGUCACAGGAUCACCCUUUACAAAGAUGAUGACUCCUUCGGCUCUGGAGCUCAGUAUAAGAUUAUAGUGAUGGAAAACUAAGAAAAGGGAUUGAUUGUUGGAUUUAAUUUAAUUAGAUGAAAUGUUUUUAAUUCCCCUCUUCAUUUACCUCACACGCCAGCCGUCUGUCGGAAUCAGAAAUCUGAUCGCUGGCUGGUUGGGAAGAUCCGCUCCGUUUAGAUUUGUAUUUUGUUCCGUUAUAGUAGUCAUUUACCUCAAUCUGUCUUCCUCUAUGCAAUUUGUAAACCCCUCUUCAAUUACAGACAACAUGUGCCAAGAAGACGCAAAUCAAAGGAAUGAGGAAUG